AAUGAUUCCCAUUCCAUCCCAUCCGACGCAUGCCCAACACAUCAUGUUCCGAAAAAAGUUUCACAAAACAAGAAGAAACCUUUUUUUGAGUGCAAUAAAAAAAAGUCUUUUUCAGUUUCCUUUCGUUAUCCUUUCGACUCUCACGAAUUUUUCAUUUCACAACGCACGCAUAAUUUUUUUCAUCUUAAUUUUAUAAUAAACAAAACAAGACUAAUUAAAAAAAAUAAUUAAAAAAGUUGACAAUAAAUUAAAUAAAUAAAAAAGAUGACUGGACACGAGCCGUAUCGCAAUUUGAAAUUUGCUGGAAUUAUUGUUGGAAUAUUUCACACAUUAUUAAGUUUUCAUAUUGCAGUAUUUAUAGUUGGAUUGUUUAUAUAUGAACGAAGGAUUAGUGGUAUACCUUUACUAGCAAUGAUUGUAGCUUUUAUGUAUCUAAUAUCUUCCACCAAAUUUACUAUGGCAGUUAUUCAUAAACAAUGGGAUUUCUCUUUAAACGUCUUCUACUUACUAUCGUGCUUCAUAUUAUUCACUUUCCUAAGCAUAUUAUCGAUCCUAAUAAUUUUACUACGUGGCAAAGUCGACCUACUCAUCAAUUCUCCAUUAGUAGUAAUUUUAGUAAUAGAACUACCCACCGUUAUCAUCAUAACAAUGUUAACUAAUCGAUCAAAGAGAAUUGCAAUCUAUAUGCAAGCUCAAGUGUCGACAGACAGUUUUAAAGAUUUAGAGGGAGUUUCCGUUGAAAACACAAACUUAUAGUCACAGUGCCUUCAGUGUUAGCAGGAAACACUGAACCGACCCGUUACACCUAUCUAUUUAUGUUGAUAUAACUGAGAAAAAAAAAACUUUAUUAAGUUAGUAUUGUGAAUAUUAAUAACUUUAGUACCUUAGAAAUGAAAAAUGUAUUGUAAAGGAGGUUAGUUCCAAGAUGUACAAUAUAUACCAAAUGUCUUCCAGAAAAC